AUGGUGACUGAGUUGAACCCGGACGCCCUCAGCAUUGCGGCCACGCUGGACUCGGAGCGUGCAUCCGGAACCUCUCGAGGUCCGCUGCAUGGGAUUCCCAUCCUGAUCAAGAACAACAUUGCCACGGACGACAAGAUGAACAACACGGCAGGGUCCUACGCCCUGCUGGGGUCCAAGGUCCCGUCUGAUUCCACCAUGGCGGCGAAGCUCCGCAAAGCCGGCGCCGUCCUGCUCGGCAAGACGAACCUGUCGCAGUGGGCCAAUUAUCGGUCGGACAAUACCAGCAAUGGGUGGUCUGCUUAUGGAGGACAGACCGAGGGGGCCUACUUUCCUGGACAGGACCCGUCGGGCUCCUCAGCCGGGAGCGGUGUAGCCAGCUCGCUGGGCCUGGCGUCGGGCUGUCUGGGCACCGAGACGGACGGCUCGAUCCUCUCGCCCUCGAACCAGAACAACCUGGUGGGCAUCAAGCCAACCGUGGGCCUCACCUCGCGGUAUCUGGUCAUCCCCAUCUCGGAGCACCAGGACACCGUGGGCCCCAUGACGAGGACGGUCAAGGACGCAGCGCACAUACUCACCGCCAUUGCAGGCCAGGACGCCAACGACAACUACACCUCGGCGAUGCCUUUCAACAAGACGCCCAGCUACAUCGACGCGUGCCAGCUGGACGCACUGCGCGGGAAGCGCAUCGGCGUGCCGCGCAACUACAUCGACCUGACGGGCCAGGAGUACUAUGCCCCGACCAUCCCAGUGUUCAACGCCGCGCUGGACGUCCUGCGCGAGGCGGGCGCUACGGUCGUGGACAACAUCACCCUGCCCGGGUACGACGUGCUUGCAGAGGCCAACUACCCCAACGUCGUGCUCGAGGCCGACUUCAACACCGACCUGGCCAAAUACCUCUCCGAGCUGGUCGAGAACCCGCACAACAUCAAGACGGUCUCGGACCUGCAGAACUUCACACAGGGGUUCCCGCUGGAGGACUGGCCGGAGCGGGACACGCUCGUGUGGACGUCGGCCAUCGAGCUCGGGUACGGCAACGACUCGCCCCUGUUCUGGUCCAACUACACAGCCGGGCUGUUCUACGCAGGCCCGCUGGGCAUCACAGGCGCGCUGCAGAACUAUUCGCUGGACGCGCUCGUCGUGCCCACGCCGUUCUCGCCGUUCCUCCCCGCCCUGCUCGGGGCGCCCGUCGUCACUGUGCCGCUCGGGGCGCUGCCGCCCAACACGACGGUCCAGCUGAACGGGUUCGGGAACCUGAACGCCUCGGCGCCCAACCUGCCGUAUGGGCUGAGUUUUAUGGGGGCGAGGUUUGACGAGUAUAACCUGAUUGGGCUGGCGUAUGCGUUUGAGCAGCGGACGCUGGUGAGGAAUACUAUUCGCCCUUAUAUCGAGCCGACGACGGAGCUGGUGGAUGUGGUCGGUCAGAGGAAGAUGGGGCUGAAGGUAUGA